AAUAAAUCAACCCGGGUAUAGCGGAACUAACCUGUUAGCCCCGUGGUCCUAGGUCAAUAAUCCGAGAGGAACCACUAAACUAUGCUAUAUGAACGAAGAUGAAUAGUAACCUGGUUCUUGGCUAAUUGCAUGGUAUCGCCUUAGUUAUCGAAUCCAAGUUUGCAUAAUACAUGGCAACAUGGCAACUUCAAUCUCUUCACUAUCUCUGCCGUCUUCGCGCACGCUCUCCUACGUCUUGACGCCAGUACCUUCUAAACCAGGAGCUCCUGUUGUCCUCCUCUCUAAUUCUUUAGCCGCUCCGCUCGCUACUUGGGACCAUGUAGUUCCGAAGCUUACUUCUAAGGGCUUCGGCGUGUUGCGUUAUGAUCAUCCCGGCCACGGAGCUUCUUCCGUCCCGGUAGACCUCUCCUCGACUACGUUGGAGACCAUGGCUGAUGACGUUCGAGAACUUUUGUCCCACCUUUCUAUUUCGCGGGUGGACGCCUGGAUCGGUGUAAGCAUGGGUGCAGCGAUCGGUAUAGUAUUCGCCGCGAAGUACCCCGGCAUUAUCGGGAAGCUGGUGGUUUGCAAUACUAUUUCCUGCUCUCCACUCAAAGCCGAAGGCGUCGAUAUAUUUGACCCGCUAGUUCGGCAAGCUCGGGGAGCGGGUGCCAUGGACGGGACUGUCCAGUCCAUUCUCGAACGCUGGUUCGGCCUGGAGUGGAUGAAUGCUAACCCGGAUGAGACGCGCCGCAUGCGACAGAUAAUGCUCACGACGAGCAUCGACGGCUUUGAAACUUGCUGCGCAGCUCUACGUAGCGACACUUUUGAUCUACUCCCGCUGGUCGGGAAGGCAGGCCAAGGAAUCGACGGUGCUCUAUUCGUAGUGGGGGAAAACGAUACAGAUCUGCCUGAGCAUAUGCUCCAGUUAAGGGACGGCGUACAGCGGGGACUACAAAAGAAGGAUUCGCAGGCUUCUAUUGGGAUUGAGGUCAUAAAAGAUGCCGGGCACGUUUCGUAUAUCGACGGAUACGAUCAGUUCAUUGCUGUUAUCACUGAGUUUUUACGACAGUAGCUGCGUAGCGAUAUGCCUCUAGCUUUGCACACAUCUUGCCUGACUACCGAUUGGUCUAGAAAGGGAUUUGUCAUAAAAUAAAACGUAAUAUAGUCGCAAGCUAUUGCUUUUCUCUCG